CAGGUGGCCCGACAGUUGUGGUGACCCACCCAGAGGUGAAUGUACCCGAGACUCUGGCUCAGCGUGCUCUCAUCAUGUCCGUGCUCAGCUCCAUCUUCUGUUGUUUCGUGUGCGGCAUCACGGGUAUUCUCGUGUCCUGGAGGGUGCAGGCAGACCUUACAACAGAAACCUUUUGCCACCAGACGACAACACCAUGGCUAGCGCUGCACCUCCUGGGUAUCAGCAGAUGUCGACACCCUCUACAGGCCAGGCUAACUUUGGCAUCAUGGGACCCGGUUACAACUCAGUAGGUUGCAGCGUGCCCCAAAGAAAUGAUGUAGUGACCACUACACCCCAGCAAAUGGAAAUGCAAGGGACUCAGCCAGGGGCCUGUGGUCCUACAGUGGUGGUGACUGUAACCGAACCUCCCACUACCUGUGGCCUGGUGGUGUCUGUGCUGAGCUCCAUCUUCUGUUGUAUCAUUUGCGGCUUCACGGGAAUGGUCUUUUCGUGGAAGGCUCGCAUGUACGUCCUCAACAACAAACUCGAGCACGCGCGCCACUCACUCGUCAUCGUGUGGAUCCUCUUUGGCUUUGCCAUCUUCUUUGGUAUCAUCACCUGGAUAGUGGUCGUCAUCUAUUGUAUCUUCGGAACUCGAUAUUUAUUCGCCUCCUAUUCCUGCAGCAGUAAUGGUUGCUAUUACAGGGUCUGAUCAUGUCAUAAUGAAGUACAUACAGUCCGUUAUAACAUUUUUUUUCCAUGACAUCAUUUCAGAAUUAAUUACAGGCAAGGGUUGCUGAGUCCUAGGCGAGAGACAAACACUGCACCACCCCUUUCACCCACCCACAUAGCCUCCAAAAAAAAAAAAACAUUUUAUCAACACAAAUUUAAGAAACAUUGUACAUUUAGGCUUAACUUCACUUUCUUUACUCAAAAUUAAAACAUAGGUUUACAUAUUACUGUUCAUGAAAUGUAAUAUAAGUAUUAAUGAAAUAUACUUAAGACAUAAAUCGUGUUAAUAAAAUAUAUACAGCUAUAUGACAAUGCAUACACAUCAUGCAGACUUAUCUUUACAAACUCACAAGAUGCCGUGGUUGUAGGACCAUGGACGUGUAUCCACUGCUGAAUCCAUCCGACUCCAUUACUUUCAAUCGUUCUCUCUCUCUCUCAUUUUACGGACAACUGUCACGUGUCACAGCACCGAGGCCUUUUCAAGUUUCUGCUGAUUCGUUGUCCAGUCCUGAUAAUCUGAUCUCACUCAUUACGUGUGAUACAUUUAUCGCUAUCCUUUCCAACUAGCCCCUCGGCAAGACCUUUCAAUCGUUCUCUUCUUUUUUUCUCAUCUUACAGAAUAACCAACAAGUAAACCGCACUGCCUACAUGUUUGCUGCUAAAAAAAAGUAAAAAAGGGAUUUUCCACAAGAACUCAUUAUGAAUUUACAACCAGUGUCAAAGAAAGUUUUAUUGAAAAAAACCUUUUUAGAGAAUUUGCUCUCAGUCAGGUCGAUCGCUCACUGAUGUAGACAAGAAGUCGGCAGCACCCUCCUCUAGUCAUAUUUUGCUGUUUGGUCAAAAACUCAAGCUGCAACAGCUCCUAGCAUCUAGACUAGACCACCCUAACCGCAGUGUCCCCUUCUCGUCCCAAGAGUUACGAUGACAGGUGAAGAUGAGGGAGACUCGUCUUGAUGCUAACAAUACAAAGAGUCGUAAAGUAAAUCCUGGUGUCCAGGUGCCAAAAACAUUCCAAUAGCCAGCACCGCUCCGUGUCCGUCCUCAUAGAUUUUGCUAAAAAUUACAUACACCUAAGCAACUAUCAAUUUACACUGAAAAUUCCAGAAUUUUGCAUAUAACAAAAUUUGUUUUUCGCUGAUCAUAUUUUCAGUAUGUUUAACAAUUUUAGUAGAUUAUUCUUUAAUAAAUUUCUUUCCAAA